ACCGAGCCAUGCAGUACCUUUAACAUGCAUUCUGAACUGCAUGUGGAUGUUGAUUCUGAUCGCUUCUUCAUUUGCACUGAAACCUGCCAAAACUCCUGUGAUAGGAAAAAAACCUUUUAUUGCUGCUUGGAAUGCACCUAUAGACCUUUGUACAACAAAGUACAAUGUAAGCGUCAAUCUCAAAAUGUUUCACAUCAAUGGGAGCCCAAGGGCUUCUUUAACAGGACAGAAUGUCACCAUAUUUUAUGCAAACAGACUUGGACACUAUCCUUUCUACACAGAACAGGGCUUACCAGUAAAUGGCGGGCUUCCACAGAACUGCAGUUUGGAAACUCAUCUACUGAAAGCAGAUGAGGACAUUAAGUUUUAUAUACCUUCAGCCGAUUUCAGUGGACUGGCAAUUAUAGACUGGGAAUACUGGAGGCCACAGUGGAAGCGGAACUGGCACAAGAAGGACAUAUACAAGAGGAAAUCCAGGGAACUAAUAUCCAAGGCUUAUAUAAAUAUUACUGCUGAGCAAAUUGAACAUUUAGCCCAGGAGAGGUUUGAGCAAAGCGCCAUGGCUUUCAUGAAGCAGACAGUUGAGCUUGGAAUUCAAAACCGUCCGAAAGGCCUGUGGGGCUACUAUCUGUACCCAGACUGCCACAAUUACAAUCUUCAUGAAGAGAACUACACAGGCUCCUGUCCUGUGUUGGAAAGCCUUAGGAAUGAUGAACUCUUCUGGCUGUGGAACAGCAGUACAGCUCUCUUCCCAUCCGUAGCUAUUAAGAAAUCUCAUGCGGACAGCAUCAACAACUUACAUUUCUCCAAAUUCAGAGUCCUUGAAUCCAUGAGGAUUGCUUCCAUGACAUCAAUGGAUUAUGAUCUGCCAACAUUUGUCUACACUCGCCUUGGAUACCGUGAUGAUCCACUGUCAUUUCUGUCAACGCAAGAUCUUAUUUACACUAUUGGUGAAAGUGCAGCUUUGGGUGCUGCAGGAUUUGUUAUUUGGGGAGAUCUCAAUCUGACAUCAUCCAGGCACAACUGUACCAAAGUAAAGUCAUUUACGAGUUAUGAAUUGGGUCUGUAUAUCACAAACGUGACAAAAGCAGCUGAAGUGUGCAGCGAGUUUCUCUGCCAGAACAACGGGAGGUGUGUGAGAAAGGAUUGGCAGGCCCUUCACUAUUUACACUUGAACCCAAAUAGCUACAUGAUACAGCCUUCAAAGGAGGGCGAGUUUAUUGUCACAGGACAGGCUUCAAGUGAAGAGCUCUUAGACUUGAGAGAUAAGUUUUCUUGCCACUGUUACCAAGGACACAGUGGACACAAAUGUGACAUCCUGGACAAACCAGGAAAACCUGAUAGCUCCACAUCCAAACCUUUCAAUUCUGUGGUGACAGUUUUUCUGUUUUCCGUGGUGAACUUCAUUGUAUGA